CCAAAUUAGAUAAAGGGCAAGAUGACAGCUGGAGGAGUCUCAGAGGCAUAUGUAUAUAUACAUAUAUAUUUAUAGAGAGAGGGAGAGAGAGAGAGAGAAAGAAAGAGAGAGAGGCUGCAAACCCGCACAGCACACCACUCAAAGACACGAGGAGAGGCAAAACUGCACGCACUGAACACCUGAGAAUGAGGAAUUUCCUGUUUGCCGUGGUGGUCCUAGCGGUGGCGAGUCUUGCUGCUGCCCAAAGUGGGAUUCCUUGCCCUGACUCAGUAAACAGGCAGUGCCCGAAGCCUGCGGGGCCGGCGCUGUUCCUGCCCCACCCCAAUGACUGCUCUAAGUACUGUGAGUGUGUCAUGGAGGGACUGGCCUAUGAGCUGCAGUGCCCCGACGGCCUCAUGUGGGAUGAAGCGAGGAACUCCUGUGACUGGUGGUACAACGUGGAUUGCGGCUCGCGUCCCAAACCAUAGAGGAAGCAAGGAAGCAUCGCAAGGGAAGGUCGCUUACUUCAUUAUAUUGGAGGGUUGUCAGGGCCUUCUCGGUUUGAUGAUGUGUUUUAAGGGUUUAAUAAAAGAGAAUUUGUAAUUCUU